AUGGGAAAUCCAUCAGAUCCCGAUUCACAAAUAGAGACUAGUAAAGAAACAACAACAGAGUCAUCUCAUACAGGAGUAAAUCAAGAUACAGUCAAUACAUCUACUAAACCAAUGGAGAUCGAUUCAAAUCCGCCCGAUGUGGUCAUUAAAGAUCCAGCGGUUUUAAAUGGAAAUGAAGUUACACCAGCAACAACAACAACAACAACAGAGAAUAAUAAUAACAAUGACAAUAGUAACAAUAAGAAGGUAGAUGCUUCUGAGAAUAAUGAAAAGGCAGACACAACAACAACAACAACGACAACAACGACAACCACCAAACCAGAUGAGGAGAUGACCGACACCGAUACCAAUACAAUAAAGGUGGAUGCAACUACAACACAAGAUAUAGUAGAUAAAGAUAAAGAAAUAGAGAAAGACAACAACAGUAACUCAACAGUGCCUAUCGAGAAGGAGAGCACCAACGACAAACCAGAGGAAUCUCCUGAGAAAGAAAAAGAAAAAGAAAAGGAGAAGAAAGAAGAUACACAUCCCACCAAAGAGGAUGCUGCAGAGUCGAGCGAUAAAGUUAAAGAGAAGGAGGAAAAGAAUGAUAAAGAUAACAAAGAGAGUAAUGAUAAAGAGGUCAAAGAUAAUGAGAUUUCAGUUGUCGAUGAAAAAUCAAAUGAAAUUGACAAGAAAGAAAUAAACGAUAAGGAGGAGAAAGAGAAAGAGAAAGAGAAAGAAAAAGAGAAAGAGAAAGAGAAUGAUGAUAAUGAUAAAGAAAUGACUAUUGUAGAAGAGAAAGAGGAUAUUGUUACCGAGGAAAUAGUCAAUAAUAAUAAAAAUAAUGAUAGCAAUAGUAGUAGUAAACAGAAUAAUAGUAAUAAUAAUAAUAAUCAUCAUGCAAAUGGUAGUAGUGAAGAGAAGAAAGUAGAAACAAAUAAAUCAACUUCCACUACUGCUGCCGCUGCUGUGGUGGACACCAUUGAUAAUAACAAUAACAGUAACAACAAUCAGACGGAUGACGAUGAAGGUAGUAAUAAAGAGGAGGAGAUCGAUCAAAGUAUAAUGGAUGAGGAAGUAUCGAAAACCAAGAGAGAGGCAGCCGAUCAACCGCCACCAGACGAAGAUAUGGACCAAGGUGAUUACGAAGAUGACGUAUUGGAUAAGGAGAAGAAAGGCGAUGGCUUAAUAACAAAGUCAAGUUACUCAUCCAAUAAGGAGGCCGAUCAAGAGACCAAGAAGAGAAUGGAGUGUCUGGGCAACCUCGAGCGUAUAGAAAAAGAGUUUUCAGAUCUAAAAGAGAAGUUCUGCACAGAUAAAUUAAAUCAAAUCAAAAAGGAGAUGGAGGAGAUCAAAGUUGGUGAUCAUACCACAUUUCAAGAUAAACUAAGAGAGUUGGAUUUGAAAAAAGAAAAGAAGAUGCAGAUUGCAGAGGCAUGGAAGAAUUACCAACUACAGAAUAUUAUGAAUAUGUUUGACGCAGAGAAACAACAAUUUGAAAAUGAAUAUGAACAAAAGAGAAUAUAUGAGGAAAAAGAAAAUUUAAGAUUGAUCGAUGGUGAAUCAAGAGUAUCCACAAGAACAAGAAGAAGGCAACCACAGCAACAACCACAACAACCUAAAGCACCAAAGAAACCAACUCCACCAUCAAUUGUUUAUGCAUUGAAAGAAAAUGAAAUUAAUGAUGACUUUAACUCCAUAGCUAAAUAUAAACGACCUUCAUAA